CACUCGCUAAAUGUGGACUUUAUUUAUUUAAAAAAACAAACAGGGGAUUUGUCAAAUUUCUUGAAAUUACUGAAAAAUCUAGCCCCUGAAUAUCGAGGUCAUCUCGUAUCAUUCGAUAUCGUCUAUGCUUAUCAUAAUUAGUUUGUCCCACAGAAAUUUUCCGCAGAAUAUAGAACAAUAAAAGGGAAUUAAUUGUAUCUUCUUUCUGUUUAGGAAACAUUUCAUUACAUUUUUUUGGGCUGUGGAAUUGAAAACGAAAGUGUCUCGCAGUCUCAUCAUUAGUCGUCGUUGUACUUUCCAGGCGGGCGGAAGGCGGUCAGUUAACUAAACGCGUGUUGUGAGCUGGUUGUGAUUUUGAAUCUCAUUUGGAAUCUGGUUCAUAAUUUCGGCAGGAAAUUCCUACCAACUUCAACGUAUUGCUUAAUUUAAUCCAGAAGUCAUUAAGCUUGUCAUCCCUCAAGGAAUGAAGAUGAGACGGGAAAAUUGAGACUCCGUGUCAUCCAGGUUCAGAGCAUUCAGACAGAAUAUAUACAACUACAAAGGAUUGAUCACCACAAAAACGUACCAAGUGCGAGGAUGGCUGAGUUCGACGGGAUUGGUGACGGCACCGCAGAGCAGGGUUACGCAAUUUGUACAUACAGUGUCAUGGAGGGCGUGGUAAAAAAAUAUCCAGUUAACCUACUCCCUCUCGAAAUGGCGGCGACCUUACGACCAUAUCUGACCGCGGUGAGACACACCUUGACUGCUGCCAUGUGCCUAGAAAACUUUUCGUCACAAGUGGUCGAAAGACAUAAUAAGCCGGAAGUUGAAGUGAGAGCGAGUAAAGAGCUCCUCCUCAAUCCGGUCGUCAUAUCGAGAAACGAGAAGGAAAAGGUUUUGAUCGAAGCUUCCAUUAAUUCCGUUCGAGUCAGUAUAGCAAUCAAGCAGGCGGAUGAAAUAGAAAAAAUCCUCUGUCACAAGUUUAUGCGCUUUAUGAUGAUGAGGGCAGAGAAUUUCGUAGUCCUUAGGAGGAAGCCGAUUGAGGGGUACGAUAUUAGCUUCCUAAUCACCAAUUUCCACACGGAACAAAUGUACAAGCAUAAAUUAGUUGACUUUGUAAUCCACUUCAUGGAAGAAAUCGACAAAGAAAUCAGCGAGAUGAAACUCGCUGUCAACGCCCGUGCCCGAAUUUGUGCCGAGGAGUUCCUCAAAAGGUUUUAACGAGACAACAACUGCCUGCAUGCAUGUACCCGUUGUGGUGUCGACUUUUCUACGGAUCAAUUUGUCAUAAAUUAAUAUAUCUGUCUUCUAUGUAAAAAUGUUUUGUAUACUUUCUAACUAAUAUGUGUAAGCUCGAUGUAAGAUAUCCGAAUAAAGUACUUGUACCGUUUCAUAAGAA